ACGAGGCACAACCUCUCCGCAUGAACCUGAAUAGCAGCCUACGAGUUCCAGUGACCUAGUUUCCAGUGCGGAUUGAAAUCGUUAGGAUGGAGAAAACUCGGUAUUUCCGCAGCGCAAAUCGUCUCAACAUCUUCGUUAACUUCUUUUCGGCCAACUUUUUUCCGCUGAGUGAAGAAAAAAUGAAUUUCACCUUGUUCACUGGUUUGUGGGUGAUUUUUGUGUGGGGAAUUAAAGUUACGACCAUCUCAACGGUCAUGUCAGGAUCGCUUUAUUUUGCAAACCUAACGGUACGAGAAAGAAUUAAGAAAUCAGGCGCCGGAGUCUCGGUCUGUAUCGAGCUUAUAAUACCAAUUAUUUAUCUCAAUUUGCGGCGCGACGAUUUGCGACGCUUGAUUAAAAAGUACAACAGUGUUCUCGUGGACUCCGACCACCUCAGAAAGUUCGUAUUCGAUACGAUUGAACCUUACGAAAAAGGCUUGAAGUUUUACAUCGUUUCGUGUGUCAUUGCUGUUUCGGCUUGGGCCGCGACCCCAAUCCUUACGAUAUCCGACAAUCACCAAUUCGCGUACUCCGAUUUCUCCGCCCCCGCAUACUUCCCCUGGGCACCAUUCAGUGCAAAUAUUUUUCUCGUUGCUGUCAUUUCCCAAGUAAUUGGAUCUACUUUCAUUACCUUUGGAAAAAUCAGCAUCGACGUCUACAUCAAUCACUUUAUUGCUGUCUUAUCAGCUGAAUACAAGUACGUUCGUAAACUGAUUACCGACGCUCUCAGUAGAGAGGAUGCUCAGGAGGAUGAGUCAUCGGUUAUCCGAUCCCUUCGAAAGUGCAUUGAGCAUCACUGUGCUGUGAUUGAGUACAAAUUUUUUGUUUGUUCAUUUGGAAGUGCCAACAUCGAAAAGGUCUCUUACUUCGUCUACGCUAUAGGCUGUAUUCUACAAAUUUUUUUGCUGUGCUCGUGCGUUCAAGAAUUACUCGAUGUGAGCACGUCGGUAACCGAAGAUGCUUUCCACGAAAAUUGGCACGCGAGGAGUAGUGAAGGGAAAAAAACUUUCUGCAUUAUGGAAAUAAGCUCCCAAAUGGGAUGUCGAUUGAGUGCUUAUCGAAUCGUCGAUCUCGUCGUACCAACGAUGGCAGUUGUAAAUGAAAAUACACUCAUCAUACUGUGCUUUUAAAUUUAUCGUUUUUUUAAUUGCUUCAUUUUUUCCAACAGAUACUCAGCAAAUCAUAUUCCAUUUGUCUACUCCUCCUCGAAGUCAACUAAGUUCUCCAUUUCCAGGGGAACCUUUAACGUUGUGAUACGAGCAUGAUUGAAGUAAUAAUUUCAUUAAGAAUUCUGAGGUUUUAUUUAAUCAACAAAGUUAUAACGACUCAAUGGCUAAAUACCCA